AUGAAGGGUUUUACAUUAUCCUCAUUAUUUUUCACUCUAGUUGCGUUUUUACAUGCUGUGAAUGCCCUCCGUUUUGAAUUGCCGGCCCAAGCAAACAAUCCAGACCCCCAAUGUGUUCGUGAAUUUGUAUCUGAUGGCCAAUUGGUGGUUGUUACUGUGAAUACCAAUGGACACCCUAAUGACGGCCAAGUCUUGUCCUUACGGAUUACCAAUGCAGAUGGUGAUGAGUACCGUCGUAAAGACGACAUUUCGGGCAAUGUCAAGGUUGCAUUUAGUGCUGACGAAACUUCAAGUUUCGACAUUUGUUUCACUAAUAAAGUACAACCGGGUUACCGUAGUAAUGGGCGUCAACUAUCCAGAGAAAUUGAAUUAGAAGUUGAAUCUGGGGCAAAUGCAAGAGACUGGAAUGCUAUUCAGAGUGCUGAAAAAUUAAAACCUUCUGAAGUUCAACUUAGGAAGGUUAAUGAGAUGUUAGAUGAAAUUCUUAAUGAAUUAGAAUACUUGAUUAAAAGAGAGCAUCGUUUAAGAGAUACCAAUGAAAGUACCAACCGUAGAGUUAGAAAUUUCUUUGUUGUGGGGUUAUUAACUCUUAUUGGUAUUGGCUUUUACCAAAUCCACUACCUAAGAAAUUACUUCAGAUCUAAGCAUAUUUUAUAA